GUUAGCUGCUAUGCCUGACCAUACAGAUGUUUCUCUAAGUCCAGAGGAGCGGGUCCGUGCCCUAAGCAAGCUUGGUUGUAAUAUCUCCAUUAAUGAAGACAUCACCCCACGCCGUUACUUCAGGUCCGGAGUGGAAAUGGAAAGGAUGGCAUCUGUGUAUUUGGAAGAAGGAAACCUGGAAAAUGCCUUUGUUCUUUAUAACAAAUUUAUAACACUGGAAAACACCAUGUACCUGGGGAAGGAUGAAGUUAAAUUCCUGGUCCUCCUGCCUCUCCAGAAUCUUCAGGAUUACAAGUGCAUGCCAAAACUGAAGGAGAUUGCAUUCCCAAGGACAGACGAACUGAAAACGGACCUGCUAAGGAAAUAUAACAUAGAAUACCAAGACUAUUUGCAAAGUAGAAACAAAUAUAAAGCCGAAAUUCUCAAAAAGUUGGAACAUCAGAGACUGAUAGAGGCAGAGCGCCAGCGGAUAGCUCAGAUGCGCCAGCAGCAACUAGAGUCUGAACAGUUCCUGUUUUUUGAAGAUCAACUCAAGAAGCAGGAGUUGGCUCGAGGCCAGAUGCGAGGUCAGGACUCUCAAGUGCUUUCUGAGCAGACUGACGGAAGUGGGCUGUCCUGCUUUUCCACCCACCAGAACAACUCUCUGAGGAAUGCAUUUGCGGAUCAUCCUCAUAAAAGUGACGGAAGCAAUUUCGCUAACUACUCUCCUCCCGUGAACAGGGCCCUAAAGCCAGCAGCCACCCUGAGUGCUGUCCAGAAUUUGGUGGUUGAAGGACUGAGGUGUGUAGUUUUAUCAAGAGAUCUUUGCCAUAAAUUUCUGCUGCUGGCUGACUCUAACACAGUGAGAGGAAUAGAGACCUGUGGGAUCCUCUGUGGAAAACUGACACACAAUGAAUUCACCAUUACCCAUGUGGUUGUGCCAAAGCAGUCCGCUGGCCCAGACUAUUGCGAUGUGGAGAACGUAGAAGAAUUAUUCAAUGUUCAGGAUCAACAUGGUCUCCUCACACUGGGAUGGAUCCAUACACACCCCACGCAAACGGCAUUCCUGUCCAGUGUGGAUCUUCACACUCACUGCUCCUACCAGCUGAUGUUGCCGGAGGCCAUUGCCAUUGUGUGUUCCCCAAAGCAUAAAGACACCGGCAUUUUCAGGCUUACCAACACUGGUAUGCUUGAAGUUUCUACUUGUAAAAAGAAGGGCUUCCAUCCUCACACCAAGGACCCCAAGCUAUUCAGUAUAUGCAGCCAUGUGUUAGUAAAGGACAUAAAAACAACUGUGUUGGAUCUGAGGUGACAUGCUCCAAAUGCAAGACCAUCUGUACCAGAUACCGGCCAUGGACAUGUGUGACUGCCGUAUUUCUUAUGAUGUUUUCAGAAGUGACUGAUAUUUUAUAUUUAUAUAUUUUAGACCAAAAACUUUGAUAUUUAUUGUUCUUGCACAUUUUGAAGUUUCCUUUUUUUGGGUUGCUGUGUCUCAAAAGAGGCCACGUGGUGUUCAGUCUAUACCUAUUAAUAUACCCAAGUGAUGCCAUCAGAAAUAAAUUUGUGCUGCAAAUAA